AAGUACAAUGGAAGUCACAUGCAGAAGGUUCAAGGAUUCACUUUUUCAAACGUCACCUGCACAUACAGCUUGACAGAGUCUGUUUUUACCAGACAACAAAUAUGGGGAGAUGGAGAUCAGUGGUUCCCAAAGUGGAACGGCUUGGUCCACCAAGGGCCGUGAAGGACGUCACCUUUUGUGAAGAUGCCAUAGAUGGUCGUUUAGACUUGGCCGGGUGACUCCAACAACCGUAACAACAGGAGAACUAACGAAACAGCUGUAUCAAUAAUCUUGAAAAACGUCGGAAAAAUAGCUGAAUUGAUCUACCAGUCAGUCGGAACUGAAGAAGUCUGUCGGAUGAUGGACGAAACGUCUUUAAGUGUCUUCAACCAAGUCCAGUUCGUAUUGACCUUAACCUUCCUUGGACAACUUUGACCUGGAUGACUGAGAACCUUCACAGACAUUAAUGAGUUAAAAUACUUCAGGGAUGGAGCUAUGUUGGUGAUUUCAUUGGAUGGUUUGAAUUGGCUUUCUAAAAGGAGCUGCAGUGACAAAGGAAUCAAGAAACGGGACGAAGAGUUCCAGAUGUUGAUGUCCUCAGGUCAGAUGACUCAGGCUGAUGAGGAGCUGCAGCCAAUCACCUGCGUCUGUAUCCUUGAUCAAAAAGGAAAUGCAGCCCCUAAGUUAUGGAGGACCAGUGACUGCAGAUCAAGCUUGGUAACAUGGCCCCCACCCUUCUCUAUCCCCCCUCGACAUUGCUGUCUUCCGGAGGGGCCCAUGCAUCAUUCAGCAUUCACUUCUUUAGCUUCAUUUGUCCCACAGUGCUCAAAGAUGGCCCCAUGGACGAGACUUAUUUUAAAUAUGCAGGACGUUUUGAGUUUGUUCAAAAAUAAUUUAAACAUUGUGACCCCGCAGGACACUGUCACAACGGAUCGGCAUAAUAGCUUUAUCAUCUUCUGUGAUGACGACAUACCGCCUCAACUUUUUGGUGACACUUGCCACGCUGUGGAUUGUAGGACGUCUGUAGGGGAUAUUGGUUGGCAUAUCAGUGAUAACAAUGUGCUAAGUGAUUUGAAAAACUUCACUGCCCACUGGCCCCACGAUCCCAACACCAACUCUAAAGGGAUUCAACAUGAGCUUGUUAGCAGACACAAUUUGAACACAUGCAACCUUAAAAGUCUUCUGAAAUCCUGUCAAAUCUACAAUGCUCCAGGCGUAUUGUCUGGGAGGGACAAGAAUGUAAAAAAGAGGAAGACUGUGUGCUUUAAUGAUGAUGUCACGCUCUACCUGUUCGAUCAGGAGAGUCCCACCUUGGAGCUGCACCCUGGGCCCCACACAUCUCUGUCAAGCAACUAUUCCUGCAACCUGCCAGAGGUCACAUUAGAAGACAGUGGAUUGGAGUGGGAAGACGACUUCUCAGCUUUGGAGAAGAACUGCCAUUUUCAGUGUGUCAGACACUCGGUAUCACAGCACUACACCCUUUCCCUGACAACACAAAGCUGCACUGCUCUGCCCAGGCCAGAGCAUUUCUUUCUGUCCCAAAGGUUCCUCUUCCUCACCCAUGUCACUGAGUCAGACCUUGAGCUGUGAGAUUAGAGAGGGUUAGUGACACACACAUACACACAUAUUGAGUUGUAGGUGCUGAUUUCUAUGGUGGUAGCCUUUCUAUCAAAUCGUCUGCCUUCAGCUAAAGGCCAUCUCAUUGUCACCAUGGCCUAAUGUGACAUCCACACUUGUUUUUCUUUCAGCCAGACAGCCUUUGGCCUAAUGGAAAAACUGACUAAUCGUCCAGAUCUCGUCCUCCUCACCUCUAACUCAUCUCCCUCCUGUUUUAUGAUGAGUCAGGGAUUUUAAUGGCUUUUUUCCCCUCUCUGCUCCAAAUAGAUUCGAAGCACCUGGCGUUUGUGACAUCACAGCCACGCAGCACUGAGUGACAGUGCAUUCAGCUUUCACAGUUGUUGGUAUGACACGGUCACUGGCUGGCUAAGCUCCUUUUUUUGUGCCAGGUUGUGUCCUUUGACCUCAGCUGUGAAACGGGAACAUAAGUGUUGUCAAUUCCAAUAAAUUUCAUUUAAUAAAUUGU